CAAACACGAGCCAUACGCGCCCGUACGCACCGAUUCACGAGAUCCGUACUGACCGCGUCGUUCUGGAUAAAUAUCGAGACGUUGCUCGUGAACCAUCAAGAAUCUGGACCCGUCUGAUCGGCGCCACAUUGAUGAUUUGCGCGCUUGCCAAACGCCGCAACAGUCGGGAAACCAAACACACGCACACCGAUCACCGAACCGAUUCGAUUCCACAUGUACCUGUGAACGACUCUCGCGUCAUCUAUACCGUUCUCGGCGCGAUUCCUCAUUUUAAGCCAAUUGCGGGGCGGGAUGAGGAAUGGUGAGAUAGGGGCUGGUCUCCGGUUUCCUUAAUCCUGCGCCGGUGGAAUUUCAAAUCCGUUCCCUCUGCGGGCGGCGAGGAGGCGGACCCGUUCAGUAAAGAUUGUUUACUGAAAGUGUUUCGUUGUUUCGCGGAAGGAGCUUUAAUGGACGCAUUCGCGGAAUGUUUCGAAUGUUAAAGUGUUACACAGUCACAAUGCACGUUGUCGUUUGGAGCGUUUAAAUGUUACGUUGUUGCACCGCAGAAGUGCGCGCGGGGCAGCCCACCGGGAUCCGUCGUGAAUGUUACACAAAUGAGACAUAGGAGGAGUCGGUGCACGUUUGGCUCCAGAUAAAGAGACGUGAAGCGAGCUUUGGACAGGACAGGAGGUUUGCUGGAAGUCGAGGCGCCUAUGAAGAGUGAUCUCUCAUAACACGAUUUGCGUUUUAUCGAUCGGAUUAUGACUGAUCAUCCGCGCAAAGCUCCGUCCACGCGCGUCAACAGAUUGUUUUGUGUUCGGCUUUUACUUUCGCAUCUCUGAUCAACUCUACCACGCAUUUUUCUUCGGUUUUCAUCUAUACUCACGCAUAUGAUAAAAUAGUUUCUCAACAAACACACUUGCAUCCGCUUCGUUAAGGAUGCACGCGGAAAGCAAUGAUAACAGUCCAGAAGGAGGCAGCGGGACCCCCGGUCCGGAGGUAUCGACCCCUGAACCCCAGACCGGACACGACGAACAGCUCGCUUCGUCUGCAAUGGAGCAAAACCCAGAGAACAAAGAGGAAUGCGAGGUAUCGGAGCAGAAGAUUGUCCCGGAGGACAGCACGGUUCAGCUGAUACAGACGGGCAGCCCGGACAAGCGUCCGGAGACGCCGCCCGGCGCACACCCUGGACGCGGUUUCGUGCCGCCCGAGGGGGGAUUCGGCUGGGUGGUGGUGUUCGCCGCUACUUGGUGCAACGGCUCGAUAUUCGGCAUACAGAACUCGUUUGGUAUUCUGCACACGAUGCUGGUGAAAGACCACGAGGAUCUCAAGGACCAGACGUCACAGUUUAAAGUGGCAUGGGUCGGAGCUCUGGCGAUGGGGAUGAUAUUUUUCUGCUCUCCUGUGGUCAGUAUGUUUACUGAUCAUUUCGGCUGCCGGAAGACGGCCGUCUGUGGAGCGUUCGUGGCUUUUAUCGGUCUGCUUACCAGCUCCUUUGCAACCACGCUGGCUCUUCGCUACUUCACAUAUGGAAUACUGUUCGGCUGCGGAUCCUCGUUCGCUUUUCAGCCGUCUCUGGUGAUACUGGGGCAUUACUUCCGGAAAAGACUGGGCCUGGCUAACGGCGUAGUGACGGCGGGCAGCAGCCUCUUCUCAAUGGGGUUUCCAGUGCUCCUGAAUAAAGUGGUGGGACCGCUGGGUCUCUCCAGAACCUUCCAGACCCUCAGCCUCUUCAUGCUGGUCCAGACGCUGCUGGCCCUCACCUUCCGUCCGCUCAUGCCCAGCGGGAUGUGUCCGAUGCCAGGCAUGGGGAUGGAGGGAGGUCCGGCGUCCGGCUCGGAGUCGGCGAGCAGAUGGCAAAAGGGCCUGGCCAAAAUGAGGAAGUACUUUAACGUCCGAGUGUUCAACGUGCUGGCCUAUCGGCUGUGGUCGUUCGGCAUCGCCACGGCCGUGCUGGGAUACUUUGUGCCGUACGUACACCUGAUUAAUUUUGUGCGGGAGAAGUUUGGAGACACUAAGAAGGAGUGGAUUCUGCUGGUUUGUAUCGGAGCUUCAUCUGGGGUCGGCCGACUGCUUUUCGGAAAAAUUGGAGACCUCAUACCCGGAGCGAAGAAAAUCUACAUGCAGGUGGCGUCGUUCAUAAUUCUGGGCGUGAUGUCCAUGAUGAUUCCUCAGUGUGCGGUGUUUGAAGGUCUGGCUGUGGUUCUUGUCUUGAUGGGUCUUUGUGAUGGCUGUUUCAUCACUAUCAUGGCCCCCAUCGCCUUCGAGUUGGUAGGGCCCAUGCAGGCGUCUCAAGCCAUCGGCUACCUCCUGGGUCUCAUGGCCUUACCCAUGACGGCCGGACCACCCAUUGCAGGCAUCCUCCGCGAUCAUUUUGGGACCUAUGACGUGGCGUUUUAUCUGGCCGGCGUUCCUCCGGUGGUCGGGGGCAUCGUGAUGUUUUUCGUGCCUCUGGUUCACCAGCGCUCGCAGAGACGCCGUAAAGAGACGAAUGACCCGAGCAUGGACAAGAUGCUGAAGAGCUGCUCUAAUGGAGAUGUGCUGCCGGGAUACACAGACAUGGAGACACACAUAUGAAGACCACAGACACAAAGGGAUUCAUCUUACCAGCACCUGUGGUGUUUAUGUGUGUGUGUGUGUUUGUGUGUUUGUGUACACAUGUGUUUGCUUGGCUCUAAUCGAACCCGAGGUCUCAAGACCUUCCCUGAGAAAGACCAUCAGAGAACUCAAAGAUCCUCCACACUGCCGUUCCUCUCCGUCCGCUCGCCUUCUGGACAUCUUAAAAUGUCACAAAGUAGGAAGAUGACGUUAUCUUGUGUAGCGCAAGAGCGAGAGCUGCCAUAAAUUCAGGACAGAGAAAACUUCAACGCCAUUAAAAAGGAAACGAAACCUUCAAUAUUUCGCAGCGAGAGAAGAGGACGCUCGAUGGAUCUUUCUUUCCAUUUAUUUUGUGCUAGAUAUUCAAAUCAGAUUCGUAUGCUUUAGAUGUUUUCAUACGAUUGUUCCCUCCAUAGCUUGAAUUUGAUUUUACGGAAACUUUUGUAAGACUUUCUCUGUGCGCUUUCUGCCCUCGACUUUGAUCACCUCAGCCGCGUUUUUCUUAUCGUAACGUGUCGCAGCUGUGUACGGCUUAUGUCAAAAUGAGAAAGAAAUGAAGAAUCAUUUUUAAUGUUUUUUUUUAAAUGCUGAUCUUAUAUCCGUAUCUGUUUUAUAAAUUAGCUAUGCAGUGAGGAGUUCACAAACCGUGCCAUGACCAUUGAGCCAGAGUCUUCAGAUUCACCUCGGUCUUAUUUCACCCAAAAAGUAAAGAAAAGUAGAUUUUUGCAAAUGAAGUUUUGCUUUGUGACUUUUUAUGACAAUUAAACACAUUACUGUAAAACAGCUAUUUCUCAGUACAAGUCAUUAAAAGUAUAAAACUAACAAAUAAAUGUAGUACAAAAAAAACCUUAGUAUUAAUGGGCCAUUUUCUCGGACAAGGAUUAGGUUAAACCAGGACUAGGCCUUAUUUAAAUUAGGACAUUUAAGCAGUUUUUACAAUCCUGCCUUACAAAAAACAUUACAUUACAAAAUAGAUGUGCAUUUUGAGACAAAACAAGGACGCUGAUGUCCUUUCAGAUAUGUCAGAGCAAGCUGUUUUCAGUUUAGAAAAUUUAUUUUAGUCUUGGACGAGCCUAAACCCUGUACGGGAAACCACCCCAUUAUGUUUACCAUACAUUUGACAUUUUUUUAUUGUUUCCUAUAAUUGUCUUGAAAAUGUCACAAUGCACAAUGCAAAUGUGUACUUAUUCAAUUUAUGAUUUCUUUUUUUUACUGAGAAUUUUAAAGGAGAGAUAUGACCUGAACAUUUACCCACAGAGCUAAGGGUAUAUUUUUUCAUCUAUAUUAGUGUGUAUUUUUCUCUAUUUUUGUAUUAGGUUAUGUUUGUCGCAUCUCAGAAAAAGUUUGUUUCACGUUUGUUUAUGAUGUAAAACCCUUGGCAUUUGGAUCUGAAAUGAAUGGACUCUUGAAAAGACAAUCAAAGUGUGAUGAAACUAUGAGACGUGACUGUAUAAUAAUGUUCUGGUUUAUAGAAAGAACAGAAUCAAUAUUGUAGUAUUGCACAGAGGGGGUCGAGAUGAUGAUUAUUAACCAGUUACAGUGUAAAAAAAGAAAUUUGACAGCAUUUUUUUAUAAUUUUCAUUUUGUGUUUUUGUAUUUGUCAUUAACAACACAAUGUCUCGCUUGUCACCGGUCAGAAGCUUUUCUGUGAGACAUAACAAAUGCGUUACAAACUAUUGAACUGCCUACAUAGAAAGCAUUUGAAGGCAUUGAAAGGCAUCGUUCUGCUUUACAAAUCUUACUUUUGAGCUUUUUGUCAGUAUUGCAUCUUUAGCUUAGCAACUCAAACCAAUUUGAAUCUGUUACACACAUUUAUGUUUUGUGCCGUGUUGUCAGAUGAUGACAGUGGACGUGAGAAUCUGCGAGGACGAGCUGUAGUCUCUUUUUCACAGAUGCUGCGCUUACAUCUGGUUGUUUGUCAAUUCCCAGAAACCCUUUCACCUCCCGUCGUUGUCUGUGUUGUCAUGGAGACGUGUCCAUUAGAGCUGGUUCUGGCACAUUCUCUGCCUCAGCACUCAUUAGAUGCUCUUAGGUCAGCUGUUUUUAUGUAACGAAACAACAGAGAUGGUCACGAUUUUAACCAAACUGCCUCAAUCUACAUUGUCCUUCAGGUCUAACCAUGAAACAUGGCUUUACGCUGAAGUAAUGGAGAGUAUCUCAUGGAAACUUGUCACUUUUUUGCAUUGAGCAUUAAUUCAAAAGCGGUCAUUUGUAACAAAUACCCCACAUAAUAAUGUAUAAUGCAUCAUUAUUCUUAUGCGUGAGGGUAAUGAGAAUAGGGUGAGAUUUGUUAGUGUGAAUUUAAUUUCUUUGGAUACUGGUGUCAAACGUGACGUGCUUUCAUGAGAUUCUUCCAGCUAGACCAUAAGGGCACCUCUUCACAUGACAGUACUGUGUAAACAUGACUCAUCAGGCGUGUUUAAGUUUAUAUUACAGAUAACAUGAUUAAAUGAUUGUCUUUAUUGGAAGAAGACGAAAUCAUGCAUACCUCAGAAGACUACUUUAUGGUUUCACUCUGAUACCCUUUCAACCCUGAAACACUUAGUUCAGUUGCCUGAAAUGAUUAAUCUUUUCUGAAUUAUAUGUCCUGAUUCAUUGAGUGUGAAUCAUCUGCUCUGAUUCAUUGAGUGUGAUUCAUUGAUUGUGAUUCAUUGAGUGUGAUUUGUAUGUGCUGAUUCAUUGAGUGUGAUUCAUCUGCUCUGAUUCAUUGAGUGUGAUUCAUUGAUUGUGAUUCAUUGAGUGUGAUUUGUAUGUGCUGAUUCAUUGUGGGUUCUUCCUUGAGUUUGAUUUAUGUGGUCUGAUUCCUUGAGUGUGAUUUGUUUUUGCUGAUUCAUUGAGUGUGAUUCACUGAGUGAUCGUACUGAUUAAUUGAGUGUGAUUCACUGAGUGUUUGUGCUGAUUCAUUGAGUCUGAUUCACUGAGUGCUUGUGCUGAUUCAUUGAGUGUGGUUCAUUGAGUGUGAUUCAUUGAGUUUGAUUCAUUGAGUGUGAUUCAUUGAGUUUGAUUCAUUGAGUGUGAUUCAUUGAGUGUGAUUCAUUGAGUGUGAUUCAUUGAGUGUGAUUCACUGAGUGAUCGUACUGAUUAAUUGAGUGUGAUUCACUGAGUGUUUGUGCUGAUUCAUUGAGUCCGAUUCACUGAGUGCUUGUGCUGAUUCAUUGAGUGUGGUUCAUUGAGUGAUUCAUUGAGUUUGAUUCAUUGAGUGUGAUUCAUUGAGUUUGAUUCAUUGAGUGUGAUUCAUUGAGUGUGAUUCAUUGUGUGUGAUUUGUAUGUUUUGUUUCAUUGAAUUUAAUUCAUUGAGUGUGAUUCACUGAGUGUGAUUUGUUUGUGCUGAUUCAUUGAGUGUGAUUCAUUGAGUGUGAUUCAUUGAGUGUGAUUCAUUGAGUGUGAUUCAUUGUGUGUGAUUCAUUGUGUGUGAUUUGUAUGUUUUGUUUUAUUGAGUGUGAUGCAUUGAGUGUGAUUCACUGAGUGUGAUUUGUUUGUGCUGAUUCAUUGAAUUUAAUUCAUUGAGUGGGAUUCACUGAGUGUGAUUUGUUUGUGCUGAUUCAUUGAGUGUGAUUCAUUGAGUGUGAUUCAUUGAGUGUGAUUCAUUGAGUGUGAUUCAUUGAGUUUAAUUCAUUGAGUGUGAUUCAUUGAGUUUGAUUCAUUGAGUGUGAUUUGUUUGUGCUGAUUCAUUGAAUUUAAUUCAUUGAGUGUGAUUCAUUGAGUUUGAUUCAUUGAGUGUGAUUCAUUGAGUUUGAUUCAUUGAGUGUGAUUCAUUGAAUUUAAUUCAUUGAGUUUGAUUCAUUGAGUGUGAUUUGUAUGUGCUGAUUCAUUUGAGUGUGAGUCAUGUUGAGUCAGAAUCAGGCCUAAACAUGGAUUGUGUGUUGUUUAGUUUACUCUUACGGUCGUUUGAAUAAUGACCCAUCUUUUAAGAUUUCCUCUGUGCCAGUUUUGACCGACAAAUUGUGUGUUUGAUUGGUUUAGUUUUCCCCACCGUAGACUUUCAGAAACUCAGGGAGUGCAGACGUUUUUCUUUUGUCAUCAUUGACCUCGUGCCAUGUAAGUCUUCCAUUACAUUUCCCCCCAGUUUAAGCCAAAAUUGCGUGUGUGGUAAACGACUCUUCUGCUCGCUCAGGUUUCGGUUUGAUCCUUUACUCUGUGUGUGAACAUUAAAUGUAAUGAUGUCACCUGGUGGGGGGCACGGUGGCUUAGUGGUUAGCACGUUCGCCUCACACCUCCAGGGUUGGGGGUUCGACUCCCGCUUCCGACCUGUGUGUGUGGAGUUUGCAUGUUCUCCCCGUGCCUCGGGGGUUUCCUCCGGGUACUCCGGUUUCCUCCCCUGGUCCAAAGACAUGCAUGGUAGGUUGAUUGGCAUCUCUGGAAAAUUGUCCGUAGGGUGUGAGUGCAUGAGUGAAUGAGUGAAUGAGUGAGUGUGUGUGCCCUGCAAUGGGUUGGCACUCCAUACAGGGUGUAUCCUGCCUUGAUGCCCGAUGACUCCUGAGAUAGGCACAGGCUUCCCGUGACCCGAGGUAGUUCGGAUAAUCGGUAGAAAAUGGAAUGGAAUGUCACCUGGUCAGCAUUUAGCCACACCCACUGUUUUCCUUUUAAUGAAGUGUUUCUUCAAAGCCAGAUUGUUGUAAGACUUUAUUUUAGUUAAUGCAAAGUAAUCUAUAAGAGUGCAGUUACCUUUAUAUUUCAACGGACGGUCACACACACAGAUUUCUUUAGCUUGGCUUUGACUUUCAGAUCAAUAUCUCAGACUGAUGUCUGCUCUUUCUGACCAUGUGCCUGCACACAAAACACUUGUAAAUAGUGCAAAGUGCAUUCAUUCAAAGUACUCAAUUAUACAGUUUACAGUCUUCAAAACAACAGAAAGUGUACUUACAUGGAAGUACAUUAUGCAUAAUCAAAGAUAAAGCAGAAUUAACCUCCAGGGGAUCGGGAUGAUGUGAACCUUUACUUGAGAGUGUCUGUCUCACCUGGUGCUCUUGUUACUAUGGCGAUACUUCACAUAUGCUAUAAAGCCUGUGUGUGGUUCAUAUACAGGCCACAAGGCUUCGAAAGCCUCCAGAAGCGGUCAGUAAAGUACAUCAGGCUAAAUGAAAGGGUCUGUGUUUCUAUAUUUCUCUUCAUCUCGAUUUCUCUUUACACAACUGUAGCACUUGUUUUCUAAACCUCAAUCAUCGUGAAAUAUUAGCUGUUAAAAAGGAUUAUUGAGGCUAAGCUGCUAGAAAUGUGUGAUUCUGUGUUUGUGUAAAAAGUAUUUUUUGAUCCUGUUAAAUUUUUGUUUUGUUUUGUUUUGUAUUCAACCACCAAUAAACAUACUAUAC